CCGACGAGGAAGCUCACCGAAAAGAAAAGAAAUAAAUUAAAAUAAAAAAUAAAAAAUAAAAAAGCAAAAUAUAAUAUAUUAUUUUUCGUGGACUCCUGUUUUCUUCUAUCAGAUCGCAGAUCUAAACUUGGAUUCAUAAGUAAUAGCUUCAGAUCUCAUCGAUUAACAGACCUCAUCAAAACUUUUAGUCAUGUGGAAAUUCAAGCCAUUCGCGGGUAAAGAGCCGACUGGCCUUGAAGGCCGAGUAAUGGAUAUUGGCAAUGUAAAGAUCCAGAUUCAGAAUGCCAUAGCUGAGGGUGGAUUUUCAUGCGUCUAUCUAGCCCGUGAUGCUGUGAGCCUAUCGAAGCAGUACGCUCUAAAACACAUGAUCUGUCAAGAUGGGGAGUCUUUGGAGCUGGCUAUGAAGGAAAUCUCUGUGAUGAAAUUGCUUAAGGGGCACCCCAACGUUGUCACACUCGUAGCUCAUACUAUUUUGGACAUGGGACGGAGGAAGGAGGCACUGCUUGUGAUGGAGUUUUGUGAGAAAUCGCUGGUCACGGUGCUUGAGAACAGAGGGGCAGGUUAUUUCGAGGAGAAGCAGGUCCUUUUAAUUUUCAGGGAUGUUUGCAAUGCAGUGUUUGCCAUGCAUUGCCAAUCUCCACCCAUUGCUCAUAGGGACCUGAAAGCUGAAAAUGUUUUGCUUGGAUCUAAUGGAGCUUGGAAGUUGUGUGACUUUGGCAGCACUUCUACGAAUCACAAAUGCUUUGACAAGCCAGAAGAGAUGGGUAUUGAAGAAGAUAAUAUCAGAAAGCAUACAACUCCUGCAUAUAGAGCCCCUGAGAUGUGGGAUCUAUAUAGAAGGGACAUUAUAAGUGAGAAAGUUGACAUCUGGGCGCUUGGAUGCCUUCUGUAUAGAAUCUGCUACUUCAAAUUGGCAUUUGAUGGCGAGUCAAAGCUGCAGGUCCUUAAUGGGAACUUUCGCAUUCCAGAGGUGCCCAAAUAUAGUGCCUCCAUAACAAGCUUGAUCAAGGACAUGCUUGAGUCCUCUCCAGACACCAGACCAGAUAUCACGCAGGUGUGGUUUCGUGUUAAUGAGGCACUGCCUGUGGAGUUGCAGAAGGACUUACCAGAUGGGUCAUCAUCAGCUUUUGAUAAGCAUUCUCCUUCUCCAAAUCGGCAUGAUGAAGGAAUUCAAAAAAGGACUCCUUCAAUGCCUCGUAGGAGCCCUCCACCUCCCCCUUCAUCAAGAGAACAGAGUCAUAAUAAGGUCAGUACUUCAGAGGGUUCCAUGGGUGCAUUUUGGUCCACCCAACACGCACAAAAUUCACAAAUAGAUGACAAGGACCCACCAUUGUUUGAUGACGAGGCUAUAGGCAACGCAACAUCCAAGAACAGUCAAGCAAAUCCUGAAAGGCGAAAGAGCAUGCAUGGAAACACUCUCAAGGGAUUCAAUAAUGGUGCAAAUGAUGACUAUGAAAUAAGUUUUUCUCCAGAGAAAAAGCCAUUGGAUACUGAGAUCAAACCAACUUUCCAGAAUGAGGCGUUUAACACUUUUGUGGCGGAUUUCAAUAGUGCUAAUAGUACUAACAAAAAUAGAAAAUCAGGGAAGGCGGAUGAAUUGGAAGCAGAAGUGGUCCGGUUGAGAGAACAACUGAAGCAAACUAACUUGGAGAAAGCUGAAAUAACAGGAAAAUAUGAGAAGCUUACUGCAAUUUGCCGCUCCCAGAGACAGGAGCUUCAGGAGCUAAAGCGGGCCCUUGCUGCUUCAACCCCUUCACCAUCAAGUAAAGGGAGUCCUACAACUCCCGAAAUUCCGCAAAGAGAAAAGAUCGAAGGCACAGUUUGGGAACUCCAGCAAGGGAUAAUCGAAAGCAGCCCUCCAAACCCCGAUCCAAAGUCAUGGCAGCCAUUUGCAGAGGAGCCAAAGCAACAGGCUAUAACUCCAAAAAGCCUUAAUCCCAGAUCAGUCAGGACAAUCAACGGGCAUCGAAAUACUAUGAAACAACAGAGCCCAACUUCUUCCACUGAUGAAUGGGGGUUUGGUCAGGAGAGCUUCAAGGCUGCUCCAUCUGCUGAAAUGCCGAGGAGUUCAGUUCAAGGAAGCACUUCACAGAGGUUUGGUGCAAGUGAAGUUAAGAAGGCAGAAACUGGUCAGCCGGCUGGAUGGGCUGGUUUCUGAAAUCCCGAAUUUAAAUAUAAUUGUUACUUAUGACCGAUGAUAUUGUUGUUGUGAUUGUAAGUCCUUAAACUGUUAUAUAUCAGUGGGGCUUGUAAAAGAGAGGGAUUGGUUUCGUAGAAUCUGUUUGGUUUCGUGGUCUCUGUAACAGGAUCCUGAUAACUAUCUUAUUAUAUUUAUAGCAUCUGGCCAUGACCCCAGAAUUUAUGUA